UUUUUAUUUAUUACAUCACAAGAAAUAUUCAUAUUUUUGGAUGUAUUACAUGUCAUACCUAAAGUGGAAUGAUGAUAUAACUGGACUUGGCAUUGUUGACAAUAAUCCUUUUAACAAAUUUUUAUACAAAAGGAUAGGUGUUUAUUUUAUUUCUAACUUUUUAAAUUUGAAUAAUGAAUUUCAUCAAUUUCAAGUAAAUGACACAAAGAGCUUAUCAGGGCAGAUUUUAUCUUUUGAGGGUAAAGCAUUUAGUUUUAAUUUACCCAAUUUACGUAUAAAUUUGCGGCAUUAUGCUAUUUGGAAAAUUAAUGUUAAAAAGAUACUGUCUAAAGAUUGCUCUAUAAAAUUUAUAAUUAAUCAUGAAAAUAAACAUGUUUUAAAAUUCGAAGAGGUGUCAAAACUUGAAGGAUUAGGUUGGAUUGAAUAUUCUUUUAAAAUAUCUGAAGACAGCAGUGGAUUGGAAUAUAGUAUACAACCCUCAAUUGAAGUAAAAUGUCUUAAUAUGCAAGUUGAUUAUAUUAGAUUUAUAUAUGGUGAAUCUAGAAAAGACAAACAAAUUUACUUUCCCAAAAUGGGUCAUUUAUUACCAAUUUACAAAAUUUGCCCAAAUGUUCCAGAAGCUUUUAAGGACAAGUAUUUUCCGAGAAAGGAGAUGGAAAAUCUGCUUACACUAAAAGAUAUAAUUGAUAACUUAUAACUAUUUAUGCAUUAUUAUUGUUUUUUUUUUAAGAAAAAUUCCUGAAAUUCAAAAAGUGAAAUUCAUGAAAAAUAUUUCCUGAUAGAUUGGGGUAUUAAGUAUUUUGUUAUAAAAUAAUUCUUGUACUAAGCAUACUUUAGUACUACUUUAGUCCUUAUAAAUUUAUAAUUUUUAACUAGAUUAUUA